GUUUUCGGAUCUAAGUUUCGUUUCUCUGUAAGCGCUGUUCUCCAGAUCAGCAAGAAUGACAUUUCUCUAGACAUAUAUUCGCUAGUGUAAUAUCUAUCACGGUUCACAAUGCUAAAGAGAGCAAUGUUUCGCUGUGGACAGCUGAGUUUGCGUGUAUUCGCGGUGGAGUUUGAUUUACGCACUCAACCUCUUUAUUUCACGCUGAGCUCAAACCCACAAGAGCUUCAUCAUGCUCAUCAGCAGCUCUUUGGAGAUGAUGGGAAGCUCUUCUCGCUACAUGUCCACAGUGACAGCAGAAUUGAGAAAGCGCAAACGCACGCCGAGAUAAAACACAAGCUGUCCGUAACACUGUCGCGAGAUUGCGAUGUUUUUGAAGCGUCUUCGUUUAUACCGGACGUCAAAAAUAGCGUCGUUAAAGGAUAUUUUAUACGAGACAAAUCCACUACAACCCUCUCAGAGGACAUAUUAAAGACGCUGCAGCAGAGUAAAUCAGUAUAUGUGUUUUCAUACAAGCGCGAGGGUCAGUACUGCUGGCAGGAGCUGUGGUCACCUGUCGAUGAAAUACAGGAGUCAGUGAGGCAGUACAUCACACCUGCAGCAGCAGCAGAGCAUCACCCUUCCACACUGAACAUCAGGAACUCUGAUGUCUUCUACUGUAUGGAUGAAGCCUAUAAAGUUCUUCAGGAGUGCAAUGACAUUAUCCCUGAGUCAAAGGAAGUGCUGAAGCUUGUAGACGAACAGUUGGAGACAAGCAGGGCUGAUGGAUUUCCUGUCAUUGUGAUCGAGGGACUGGACGCCACAGGUAAAACUACUCUCACAGAAGCCCUGCGGGAGUCUCUGAAUGCUACUCUGCUGAAAUCGCCUCCCCAGUGCCUGGCUCCUUUCAGACAGCGCUUUGACUCAGAACCACCCCUCAUCCGCAGGGCCUUUUAUGCUCUGGGGAACUACAUCACUGCUGCCCACAUCGGAAAAGAGUCCUUGAGGGCUCCUGUCAUAGUGGACAGGUACUGGCACAGCACAGCAGCGUAUGCCAUUGCCACAGCAGUUGGUGGAAGAGUUGAAAACCUCCCAAAGCCAGGCUCAGAGUUGUACCGGUGGCCAGAAGACCUGCUCCAACCAAACCUGGUGCUGCUCCUCACUGUCAGUCCAGAAGAAAGACUGAGAAGACUCAGGGACAGGGGACAGGACAAGACCGUUGAGGAGGCUGAACUGGAGAUCAAUCAACUCUUCCGACUUAAGUAA